UACUGGUGGUGACCGCUUGGCGAGAUGAAAGUGACCGUCUGUUUCGGGAGGAUGGGGAUUGUGGUUCCCUGCAAAGAGGGGCAGCUCCGUGUACGAGACCUCACCCAGCAGGCUCUUCAGCGCUACCUCAAAGCCAAGGAGAAGGAUCCUGGUGACUGGGUGAAAAUUCACCACUUGGAAUACAUGGAUGGAGGAAUACUGGACCCAGAUGAUAUAUUGGCGGAUGUUGUUGAAGACAAAGAUAAGCUGAUUGCUGUGUUUGAUGAACAAGAAUCAAUUUCUAAGGUUGAGAGCCCCAAUGGAAAUCAAAGAGAGAGCCAUAGCCCAGACCCUUUUGAUGCAGAAGUGGUUACCCAGCUGGCUGCCUUUAAACCCAUUGGUGGAGAAAUUGAAGUAACUACUUCUGCUCUGAAAUUAGGCACACCACUGUUAGUGAGGAGGAGCAGUGACCCAGCACUGGGCCCACCUGCUGACUCUCAUCCAGGUGCUUCACACCCCAGUGACCAGAAUCUGAAACCUGUUGUACCAGGUUCACCACAAAGUUUGGAAGAUAGUGAAAUCAUGUGUAGUGGACAGUCAGAACUGCUGACAUUGCAAAAAACUAAACACACAUCCAGUGAUAUGACAAGAACAGUGGAGAUUUCUGGGGAAGGUGGCCCUCUGGGGAUACAUGUAGUGCCCUUCUUUUCAUCACUGAGUGGAAGGAUUUUAGGGCUCUUUAUCCGGGGAAUUGAGGAAAACAGCAGGUCUAAAAGAGAUGGACUAUUUCAUGAAAAUGAAUGCAUCGUAAAAAUCAACAAUGUGGAUCUCAUAGACAAAACCUUUGCUCAGGCUCAAGAUGUCUUUCGUCAGGCGAUGAAAUCCCAAAGUGUGCUCUUACAAGUGCUUCCACCAGACAACCGUGAACAGUAUGAAAAGUCAGUCAUUGCACCUCUUGGAAUCUUUGGUAACAGUGAUGCUUUCAGAACAAAGGUAUCCCCUCCAAUCCAAGUAAAGCCAGCAUCGAAAACAAUCAAUCUGACAGGAGCAAUCAGUCUGGAAGAAGACACACAGAUUUCUAACCAACAAAACAGGAGCCCCAGAGUACCAAGAUUAGGAAGAAAGCCAUCAUCACCAUCACUUUCUCCCCUGAUGGGGUUUGGAAGCAAGAAAAAUGCAAAGAAAAUUAAGAUUGACCUUAAGAAAGGUCCCGAAGGACUUGGUUUCACUGUGGUUACCAGAGAUUCUUCAAUACAUGGUCCUGGUCCGAUUUUUGUGAAAAAUAUUUUACCCAAAGGAGCAGCUGUGAAAGAUGGCCGUCUGCAGUCAGGGGACAGAAUUUUGGAGGUAAAUGGCAGAGACAUUACUGGUCGAACUCAAGAAGAACUUGUAGCCAUGCUGAGGAGCACUAAACAAGGAGAGACUGCAUCUCUUGUCAUUGCUCGUCAAGAAGAAAGCUUCCUGCCUCGAGAAUUGAAAGGAGAACCUGACCGCUGCUAUGUGCUGUCCCUGGAGACUCCAGAGCAGCUGACCUUUGAGAUCCCUCUCAAUGAUUCAGGAUCUGCCGGCCUUGGAGUAAGCUUAAAAGGGAACAAAUCCCGAGAGACAGGAGCUGACUUGGGGAUUUUUAUCAAGUCUAUAAUCCAUGGAGGUGCUGCUUUUAAGGAUGGGCGCUUACGAAUAAAUGACCAGCUGAUUGCAGUGAAUGGAGAAUCUCUUUUGGGCAAGUCCAACCAUGAAGCUAUGGAGACUCUUAGAAGAUCCAUGUCUAUGGAAGGGAACAUCCGAGGGAUGAUCCAACUAGUGAUUCUGAGACGACUGGACAGACAGACAGAGGAGCGUACUGAUUAUGGGCUCUUUCCCAAGCCCUCUGUUGAGAGCUGUCAACAUUUUGUUUCCACCUCCAGACGCCAAGAGCCCAGCCCACAUCCAUUCCUCUCAUAUAGCCCACAGGAGAGACAAAAAGAACUGCUACUCUCAAAUGCUAACUGGACUGAGAGCGACAUCCCCCCACCUCUACCUCCACAUCCCAAUCUGGAAUUGGACCUUGAAGAUUAUAGCCAUAGCCCAGUAGAGGAUUCAGCAGUAUAUUGUACAGGUCAGCAAAUAAACUUCAGACCCCUGACAUCAGCCAAGCAGCCUGAAUCAAUUCAUCUGAAAGCCUCAAAGAGCAUGGACCUUGUGCCAGAUGAAAGUAAAGUUCACUCAUUGGCUGGACACAAAUUGGAACCUACUGGCAAAGAUUUUGGCCCUACCCUGGGUUUGAAAAAGUCUAGUUCUUUGGAAAGUUUGCAAACAGCAGUAGCUGAAGUCAGGAAAAAUGAUCUUCCUUUCCAUAGACCUCGUCCUCAUAUGGUACGUGGGAGAGGAUGUAAUGAGAGCUUUAGAGCGGCUAUUGACAAAUCGUAUGAUGGACCUGAAGACUUGGAGGAGGACGGUCUGUCUGAUAAGAGUUCUCGAUCUGGACAGGGAGCUCAGAAUUGUGAAUCUAACCCUCAGGGGAAUGCUGCACCAGAGAAUAUAGAAAAUAAAGCCAAGAAGAACAAAAAAAAUAAAGACAAGGAGAAGAAAAAGGAAAAGGGCAAAUUGAAAGUUAAGGAGAAAAAACGAAAAGAAGAGAAUGAAGAUCCUGAGAAAAAAGUUAAGAAGAAAGGAUUUGGUGCCAUGUUGAGAUUUGGGAAGAAAAAAGAGGAUAAAGGUGGAAAAAGUGAACAAAAAGGAAAUCUAAAGCAAAGCAUGCUCCAAGAAGAAGAACUAGAAAAAAUGAAGGAAGAACGUGAAAGAAUUGGAGCCAAACACCAGGAGCUACGAGAAAAGCAGGCAAGAGGGCUUAUUGAUUAUUCCACUGGCCUCAUAGGACCUUUUCAUGAUAUGGAUGAUGAUGAAAUGGAUCCCAAUUAUGCCCGAGUGAACCAUUUCCAGGAUACUUAUGUACCAGCUGGUGUCUACAGGCCAUCAUCACCACCAAGUAUCGGAGCACUUGGCUACCCACGGGAUGGCCCCCCACUAUCUCCAGAGAAGGAUCACUUGGAGGGGCUUUAUGCAAAGAUCAACAAGCCUUACCAUCCUCAGACUCUUGCUGACAGUGGCCGCCCCACAAGUGGAUGUGCUGACCGAAUCCAGAAGUUACGGAAGGAAUACCACCAAGCCAGAAGAGAAGGCUUUUCUUUAUAUGAAGAUGAGGAAGUAAGAGCAAGGCCUUCUGAUUAUGAGCAGCAUUGGGUGUCUGGAAAAAGUCCAGAUGGGAGCUCACACAACCUCCGUUUUGAGGGGAUGGAAAGACAAUGUGCAUCCUUACCCAGACGAGGACCUACAGAGCCAGCAGAUUAUCUAACAGGACCUCGGUUGAUAUACAAGGAAAGACAACUUCCUUAUUAUCCAGGAAUGCAACCCAUUCAUCCUCCUAAAGGAAGUUAUCCCCGUGUCCAGGAUGUGAGGCUACCAGAACUUCACUAUCCUCAAUACUAUCCACCCCCUCCAGCUACCCACCACAAAGGACCUUUCCGACAAGAUGUUCCACCUUCACCACCUCAACACCCCAAAGUGCCAGCAUAUCAUGAAAUAGGCAAAAUGGGACAGCGGGCAGCCAGCCCAGAACAAUACCCAUAUAGAGCCCAGGAUCCCCGGCAGAAAAAUCCCAUGACUGCAGCCGUUUAGCGGGACACCGCCAAGAUCAGCACAUCUAGGAAAAAAAGACUUCUGAAAUUGCCUUCUUCUUUUUUUCUCUCAGUCCCCCAAAGUCAUCCUAGCUAUGAAAUUAUCCAUGAACUGGAACCAUUCUUUCUGCUGCAGGUACAGAUUAGGUUCUUCUCGCUGAGGAAAUCACUUAAGGCCAAUCAGAAGGGUGAAAAAGGAAGGUACAAUAUGUCUGAUCAGGCCAUGAAAACAGUGGUACUGUACAUUAAAAUGCUUUUAAACCAGUUAAACUCAGAGCAGAAGUGGUAGCUAAAAAGUAAAUAACAUCUUUAGACACACUAAGUGGAAUAUCCCAGGGCUAAAUAAUAUGCACCACUGGACCUUUCCACACAUAUGGGCACACGGGAGCACGCACACACACACACACACACACACACA